AAUUGUAAAACUUAAAUAAUAAAAAAAAAAUAGAGUUAUCUAACAUACGUCGGAAUUCGGGUCGUGGUGCAGAGCGGGAUUCCGGAACCGGAAGUAUCAUCGGAUGCAAAUGGGGGUACAGCAGAAAAGGUAACGAAAAAUUCGUUCUCAAGACGCAUCACGUUCAAUGUGAUCACACUAUAGUUCCAAUUACUAGCCUUCAAUAGUCUCUGGUUAACAAAUGUGCCGGUAUACUAUGACGAUUCAACAUGAUGCCGGCCGUCUGGCGAGCCAGGCAGUAGCUGAGCAGACCACUGUGCUACAUCCCGUAUGUAGAAGUUUUUCAUGUGGUGAUGGCUAGCAUCCGUUCGCCCCAAGUCGAUAGACGAUAAAGCAGAUCAUGUUCACAUCAUCCCACCUCAUCAGAUAUCCUUCACAUUUCGUCUGCCAGUUGGCCACUGGUUACUGGACUACACGUGCUUCUAGAAAAUGACGUCUCUCUUCCGGAAUCCAGAAAACGGUUAUACUACUACAGUAAAAAUUAGUAGUGGCCCAUCGGAAACGGAAAAAGAAGGUUUAUCAGCACAAUUUCAAGUCCACGAGAAUCAGCCCACCUUGAACAGUAAUCAAACACAGGCCAGGAUGUUCUUGAGAAAACGAAUCGUAUUGCUGACAUUGGCUCUCAUUUUAGCCAUUGUUGUCAUCACCGUAACCAUUGUCGGACUCUUGAUCUCAUCAUAUAAUGAACGGCAGCAGGCAGAAGCAGAAGCUAGGGAAGCCACGGGCCUUUUUAUGGAAAUUAAAAAUGAAAAGAAAGUGAGUUCGAUAGCUGCAGGAUUUCCUGAUCUCGGCGAUCCAGAUGCAGACGACGAACGGGACACCUUCUUGCCAGUAUCACCAGCUAGAACAAUUCCGGACACUGGUAGUGGUUUUAAGCCCAUUGCUACAGAAAAAACUUCGAAAAGAGGAAAAACACCUGUUCCUCGCGUUAAAGACGAGGUGGAAAUAUUUGCUGAGUUGAGUAGUGGUGAUUCCUCCGGAGACCAACAUGAAGCUGGCAUUGGUUUUAAGCCCAUUGCUACAGAAAAAAUUUCGAAAAGAGGAAAAACACCUGUUCUUCGCGUUAAAGACGAGGUGGAAAUAUUUGCUGAGUUGGGUAGUGGUGAUUCCUCCGGAGACCAACAUGAAGCUGGCAGUGGAGAUUCUACCGGAGGCCGGCAUGAGAUUGGCAAUGGCUGCGGCAGUGGUUGUGGCAGCGGAAUUGAACAGGAUCGAUUCGUAUUGAAAGGCUCAUUACAGCCAACUGAAAGAAUGACCGAGAGUACUGAGCAGAAGCUUAAGCACUUGAUGAGGAAGGCUUGGAGGGAACGGUGGACAGAUCUCAUGUGGGGUAUAUAUGUCAAAGAGGUCAUUCCUGCGGGAUCAACAGGAGACACCUAUAACUUAGCGGAAAGUAUUCUCAAGCAAGCUUUGAUUGGACCAUCCCCAAACUCCAAGUUGCUCUCUUAUUUACAAUAUUCUCUGAAUGUUCAGAUUGUUUCAUAUAGUGCUGUUUUUGAGAAUAUUUGCCUUCAAGGGAGUAUUCAGAAGACUAGAUGUCUUUUAGAGUUGUUGCAUCUCCUAGAACAGUCAUUGAAACACAUUUCAUGUUCUGGAUCUGCGGAUGAGUGUGCAGCUUUAGCAUCGUCUCUCAUGUCAUUGGAAACAUGGUUGUGGAGUAUUACAUCUGAUGGACUCAAGAAGUUGUCAGAAGCUAAUAGCACAAGCAACAGCUACACAGUCAUCUGCCAUUAUACAACAGGGCUAUUAGGCACCUUGUAUGAGGAAAAUUAUUUAGUAUCUCUUCUUUAUAUCGCACGUUGCUGUACCAAUGAUCAGUUUGCAGCAACUAAUCUUGCAUCACUUGUAAAUCAAACUGAAUCCAACAUAAAACAUCUGGCUGGUGCCGGAAAUCUGUCGUUGGAAAACUUAGUGGAACCUAUUGAGAAAGUCAUCCGGCAAUGUCGAUUGUUUGAAAAUGACCUGUUCAAAGAAAACGGUCCAGAAAAGCCGUUUUAUGAGAACUCGUUGUGUACAGACAUACACACUUUAAUAUCUUGGGAGGCAUUGCUUCGUCCUACGUCAGACGGUCUUGAACUGACACGUCAAUUAGAAGUUUUACAAAAACUAAGGGGAUAUUCUGCCACGCAAUUGUACUGCGAAAUCCUUCGAGCUUGUUGUCUGGGAUUAGCUGAAACAGCCGAUUCGCCUGGAGAGCUACGAUGGGCCGUUUUCACUUUUCUUAAGGCACCUUUACUACUGCUCCGACUUCACCGAUCAAUUUUUGGGUUGGAUCCGAAUUCUCCCAUUGGCGAACCAAGCCCGGAAGUCGCCGUGGCGUUUGAACGACUCUUAUGCUACCCAGGUCUUCUAGAAACUACAGAUGCGAAAUGCCAUUGCAAUGUUGUUGAAGGAUUGCUGAAUGAAGUAAAGAUGCGCACAUCUCUGCUGUCCGAAUGGCAUGUUACUAGUAUUCUAAGCAAAAGAGAAAGCCUAUCGCGCGGAGGUCUGAAAUUGGAGACCACCAACACUCAAAUAGCUACUUUGGUGCUUCGUGCCGAACCCACCGUGGCCAGUAUUUUGAAAACUUUAGACACGGAUUACGCUAAAAACCAGGACACCUUAUUAAAGGUUUUGUCUCAUUUGCUAUCGGGCCAAAGCUUUGAGCUUAUACUAAACGCAGCGACAGGAACAGGUAAACUCCGGGCUUUCGCCACAAAACUAGUGCGCUUCAACGAAGCGAACCGCCAACCAGCUGGCUCUGAUCCAAGUAAAACGGCAAAUUCGAGAGCAUUGCUUUUCGACAUUUCUUUUCUAAUGCUUUGCCGUAUUACGCAGAUGUACGGCAUCGAGGUUAUCUUAAGUGGCGAACUAGGAGGGGAGACCUUUUUUGAACAGUGGGCUUCAGAAUGGUUGAAACCAAACCAGGCACCUGAUCUUUUAUUAAAUCGCUGUGAUCCCAUGUUGACUGAUCAGUUAUUGAAGGCGCUGACCUCUGGUGAAAGUGACCUUAGAUCUGGGAGUGUUCGCUGGCAUGAUGCCUGCUUUCAUGUCCCUGCGGUAAUACGUGAAAUUUUAGCGGCGUACGAAUCACAGUUGGUUUCUGACGAAGAAGUCGAGAGAAUUCUCGAUACACUACGGACUCAGAUGUGCUGCCUGUCGGUCUGCGCUGCCACUUGGUUAAGAUUUUACAUCCAGGUUCAACCAAUGAAUUUAAAAAGCAAACCCACAAUGAUGCUCGACCAUUUGAUGACUCCUCUUAGUCUUGACGACUCUAAAGAGCAUUACAGAGAGAGAUCAGUGUUAAUGCUGCAAAUCAUUCGCCGUCUAGCCCAAGACGAUAACCCCCUUCAAGGUGUUUCUGACAAUCAAGAUCAGAGUUUGGAUCAUCAGCUUUCAAAAUUGUGGAACAAAAUUUUGAACCAUGGAUGGUCAGACCACUGUACGACACUAGGUAUCGACCGACUUUUCAAAAUUGGUGGCGCGACGUGGUUAGUCACUUCGUUGGUCAAGGCUGUUAUCAAAGAGCAAUCUUCUGACAAAAGGCAACGGUGCGUCGAAGGGGCGCUGUCAGUGGCACAUUUAGAUUUGGAAAGCUGUGCUAUUUCUUUGGCCACUAGAGUCCUACCAUUCUUACUGACUCACUCUUCAAUGCUUGCCAGUGAUGAGGAAACAGGUGGACCAGGCGGAAAGGCUUUAGCUCAGUUAGCUGUGCUGCUAUUUACUGCUGCAUUGAAUAACCAAAUAGCAUCAGACUCAGAUCCUUCAACCGCUGCCAAGAAAUCGGGUUCAAAGCGCGCCAUCGAUUGGGAUUUAAAUACGCCUGGCUUCCGCUAUCCUCCUUUGAAAAAAGUGGCUUUGCACGAUGAUGAACUGGAGGCUCUCUGUGUUGCUUCUAGCACCACCCACGAGAACAAACCACUUCCUAAUGCGAUUGCAAACCUGAUGCAGUUAAUGACCCGAGUGGCUGGAGAUGGCAUCAUCACUCCACAGCUUGCAUUUAUCAGCUAUUUCAUUCAAACAAUGGCAGAAAUAACAUCUGUAAAAACGAAGGAGGUCAUGAAACCCCUUUUGAGUUUGAUACCUCCAGCUCUGGUUUUUUACAUGCUAGCCGUUUGGCCUGGAUUAAUGUCCAUUUCAGAUGUUGCCAAACUGUUGGCUCAUCCUGGCGAUGAAAUGGGUGUCGGAAAAAUUGCUGCUCGAAUUGUUUGUGCAUUUAAAAAUACAAACUAAUGCAUUUUA